AUGUUGUUCCUCCAUCCCUCCUCGACUUGCGAUGUUUGCCUCGACUCCUAUAGUGAAGACAAAGCACCGUAUGCUAUACCCUGUGGACAUACGUUCUGUCUGAGGUGUCUUCAGCUAUUGACUCGACAUUGUUGUCCCCUUUGUCGACAUCCUUUUACACCUGAGGAAGUCCGGAAGCUACACUUCGCGAAGGACAGUCGUGCAGCGACUCCUCGUCCGCUGGACACGUCAUGUCCGGACGACGCCUCACUACAUGCACAAGAGUUCCACACGCGUAUCACUCAAAUCACUUUGGAAGGUGCACCACGCGAGGACGUUUGUGAUGUGCUUGAGCUCGUACACAAGUGGCUCAUGACCCAGCCAUCCGCUGAGGUAGUUGGAUUUCAUCCGAUUUAUCGAUCCACUUCGCGACUUAUCAGGCUUGCUGUACAGCACGCAAAUCUGCGUUCUGCUCAUCUUUUGUUGUUCAAGAAUGUCGAGAUGCAGAGCAGGGUGGCUGACGAGAAACAGAUCUCCGCUGGUCUAAAGCACACUUGUCAAGACCUCACUGAACAACUACAUCUCGCCGAAGAAAAAUGCCAGGAGCUGGACAGGCUACGAGCCGAUGAACUUGAUGCUGCUAAGACCAUGAAAGACACCAUGCAAGAUCGAUUUGACAAGAUGGAGAAAGAAUGGAGCGGCAAAGUAAAUAUUUUUAUCAAUUUGUCUACGCUGAUACUGACAUAUAAUCUGACACUUCAGUAUGACGUCUGCUUGGCGGAAUGUCGACGACUGUCAAAGGAGGUCAAGGAACUCAAACGAGCUCACAAUCCUCUUCCACAGCCACCACGUUCCAUCGAGCCUCGUUAUUAUUAUGUUGUGGAUAAGAAUUCAUCCCAGUCAGAACCAAUGGUGAUCCUAAAGGACGAUUCGACUGAUUCCUUGAAUGCGCUGAAGAUCCAGGUUGCAGGGAAAGAGGAAAUGUUCCGUCUGUCCCCCGUUCCUUCGACUCUCACGAUACCAGUAUUUCCGUCAGCGACUUUCCGUGCUAGCUUGGAUGACAUGGACGAUAAGGACAGUGAUGGUCACGUUCAGAAGGAGAGCAACAAUCCAUAUCUUCGCCGUUCCAUCCAGCCCAUUCCGAUAAAGCCCAGCCUGAACCGGAUGGCGAGCAACACCUCUCUGCUGAGCCGAUUUGAGGAGCCGAUGUCACGAUCUGUUCCUCGCGGCUCUCUCGACGUCCACAUGGCAAGCUGCUCGUCGUCCCCUAGUGUCUUGACUCUCCAAGCGGCCGCACGCGAGCGACAGAAUGAUAUCCUCUCUGACUCUCUAAGCGGCAUGCAGGAGAAUGUUCUCGGAUUACGCAUUCCUGGUUCUCGACGCCCAUCGGUAAGCUCGCAAGCGGACCCGCGCGACCCCGAGGAGCAGCGCGGCCGUUGGGUUGCGCAACUUCGUGAAAUACUCAACGACCCUGUGCCUUCCCCUUCACUCGGAAAGCUCGCCGAGGCGAAGGAGUCUGGACCCAGUGUUCCUGCUUUCGACUCAGCGUCCGUCUGCCCAGCGACUCCUACGCCUGUCAUUCCGCCGCCGCCGCCGCCACCCUCCCAGGGCACCCCAAAUUCACAUCUUAUGCGAUCGAACACGAUCUCGCGGGCAAGCGAGGCGGCGUAUGCGGCAGAACGUGCACGCGCAUCUGCUGUUAACAACACAUCCCCUACGUCCCCAGCGGCUGCGAGAGAUCACGAGUCGAUGCCACCACCGUCUCACGGCGCUUUCUACAUGCAGGAACGACCUCCACAUUUUCGGACUGCCUCGACAGAAAGCUUGAAGUCCAAGGUGUCGACCACUACUGCGUCUAAUCUUACGAGAAGUCUCUGGGCAGCACAACGAGUGUCAUGA